AUGCUUGGAGUUUCAGACGCACAGAAUAGGUGUCAAGCAGGAGUGGUCAGCUGCGUGGAACGAAAUUUCUCUGAAAGCAGCCUUCUUGCAGCCAACCCACCUAGAUGGCGAAAUGGAUGUCAUCCAGGAGGUGGAGCUUGGAUAUCUGCCUCGAGAAUGGGAGGUGGGUUCUGA